UUUCAACAAGUGUCAAAGUCAAAACAAAAAUACUUUAUUUCGUUUUUGAAGAAGUGUUUACUGUUUGUGACUGGAUUUAGCCGAGGCUAUAGCCGUUUUUAAAACCAGUAGUUCUUUAUUUUCUAAAGACAUAUAUUAUUCUAUCUUUUAAUUUUUGUUUAAACUUACCUAUGCACGAUGGAUAUGGACGAAGUAUUAGAAAAGCUUGUUACUAGUAUCAUUGAUUCUGAUACUGAAAGCAAUUGUAAAAAGAGUUUUGAAGGCUAUUAUAAAAAUUGGGGAAAAUUGAAAAACCAAGAGCAGAGGCGAAAGGAAAUUCUGAAUACACAAAAAUUCCACCGCAACAGCAAAGUCGAUACAUUUCGAGGUAUUUUGAAUAUCAUAAAUGAGGAUAAUAGUGAUGAACAAGUUUUCAAUAACUACAAGAACACCUAUAGACCAAACAUUUAUGUAGCUGGUUUCACAAAAGCAUCUUACAAAAAUGUACUUAUGAUGUCAGAAUGGAUGAUAGAAAAACCAGCUGAUUUCCAUGAGAACUGGACAGUAACGCCUUGCCCUAAAGGUGUACGGACUUUAAUAGUAGCUAGUAAUGGCUCAACCAAGUUCUAUUCAAAGUUCGGAAACUUCAGAUUCCAAUGCAGCACAGCUCUUCCAGGGGGCAAUCGAGGCCGGAGUAACAAUCGCUGUUGCAUACUGGAUGGCUUUCAUGUAGAAAGCUUAAAAACUGUGUUUAUUUUAGACUUAUUAGCAUGGAAUAGUCAGCCUAUGACUGAUGGAGAGGCUGACUUUAGACAAUUUUGGCUACAGUCACAGCUCCUCGAAAUUCCUGGAUUAUCAACACUGACUAACACCAACAGGAUCAUAUUUAAGUUACUUCCUAAAGUUUCAUGUAGUCGAGAGUCAUUUGAUGGAUUUAUGUCAACAAUGCCUCAUUUUCCGAAUCACAAUCCUGGAUUAGAUGGUUUGUUGUUCUAUCAUAAGAAAGCCCAAUAUUUUGCUGGACAAACACCUCUGGUGGGCUGGCUGUAUCCUUAUAUGGUUCCUGAAUUAAUUAAAGAUGUCAAAAUACACCCAGCCUAUAUGCUGGAAGUGCCGACGGGCUAUGAGGGGCAAGCGGAAUUCAUUAGGAGGUUCGAAGAAAACCAUGCCAGAAAGAAAGAAAAAAAGAAUAAUCUGGAGAACGAGGACGCCAUGGACACAACGGCGGUGCCAACUGAACGCAAUGAUAAAGUCUCUCAAAACAUGGAUACGUCGAAAGUCCAAUGUAAUCUAUCGCCCAUGUUAAGCAAAAAAAAGAAAAUGAAAUCGAAAAGUGCUCUCCGUAAUAUAAAAUCAUCCAAUUCUGAUGAUAGAAUAAUCAAGUGGAUACUACCAGCACCUGAUCCAACACCCUAUGUAAACAUACAGAAUUACGUAUCAGACGGAGGAUAUUCGUUACCUUCAAAAGGCCCAAUUUUCAAUAUUAUUACUAAAGUUGAUCAACAGCAUGGAGAGAAAAGGAGGGUGUUAGCCAAUAUUUUACAAAACACAAAUAUGGGUAAUAUGGAUUACAAAAGAGGCGAAGGAAAUUUGUUACCUCAAAAUAUUCUAUCAUGCGAUGUGAGUAAUAUGAAUGUUAAACCAGAUGCAGCAUUUAUGCCACCUGUAACUUUUCCAACUACCAAGAUGAGUAACACAAUUGACCAAAGGGAGAGAGGGGGUAUGUUUUCCCACGAUCUUAAAAGAUCCAAUAUGGGUGCCAAAAUUGAUGCAGGAUAUUUUCUACCGGAAACUUUUCCAACAUCCAAUAUGAUUGGUCAAACUGAUGAAAUUAAGAACAGCAGGAUAUUACCAGUUAUUUUAAAAAACUGCAAUACAAGGAAUAUGACUGAUCAUACAUCCGGGGCAGGGAUGUUACUUGAUAAUCCAAAGAAAUCCGAUGUAAUUAAUUUGGAUGGCAAAAUGAAGUCAGAAUGUACUGUCCCUGGAUUUAUGCCUGCGUCGAAUAAUAGUAAUGAAAAUGGAAAGGUAGAAGAAGAAUGGGUGUGUCCCGAGUUUUACCCAGCGUCUUACAAGAAAAAUAGCGAGAAUAAUACGAAUGCAGAAUUCGUGAGUUCUGAACAUUUGGAUGACGAAGCUAAUUGUGGAUGGGCCUUUUCUGAAUUCGUUCCAGCGCCGCAAAAGAAUAAAACAAAUGAAAAAUCAGAGGAAGAAUGGGUGUGUCCUGAGUUCUACCCUGCAUCCUACAAGAGUAAUCAAGAUAAGAAAUUGGAUAUUCCUGAACGUGUACCAGCAUUUGCAAUUAGUAGUAUGAAUGACAAAACAACUGGAGGACUGAUGUUUCCUGAUUUGAUAUCUUCAUCAAAAACAAGCAGACUGUCGGAAAAUAAUAAACAGGGAUUCAUCUUGCCUCAUCCCAAUAUAUCAUCCACCAUGAGUAACUUUCCUAAUGCCACAUCCAAUUUGAAUACUAUGUACCAAAAUAGUAUUAACGCCAGUAUACCGCGCAACAUGAAUAAUGAGCUUCCGAAUAUAAACACUGGAUAUGUUUCCCCUGAAGCAGAAUAUACAUUCCAAUGGAGCAAUGUUGCUUAGAUUAUGGAAGCAGGGUGAAUGAUUCGUAAUACUUUUAUGACAUCCAGUCGAGUGACCCUCAAAAAUGUGGACCGAGAGAUAUAAAUUAUUAAAUGUGUGUAUGUAUCUUCUACAAUUAUGAAUAUUUCAUCUAUUUUUGGUAUUAUAUACAGCGUAAUGUCUAUUUCAAGAAGUGAUAGUAGGUAUUGAAGUAUUUUCAAAAAGAAUUGAGAUUUUUCCUUGGUCUGAAUGGGCUCAUGGCCUAUAAUUUUCUAAAGUUUAGGUUCACUAUGUUAAUGAUAGAAUAGAAAGAAGUAGGUAAUUUUAUUUUCUUCAUGGAAUAUCGAAUUUGAAAUUACUAUAUUGCUGUGAGCAAGUCUGAGCAAUGCUCGUUUUAUCUCUGUGAGAGAGGGCCAGUUAAAGGCUUUAUUAUUAAUUAUUAUUAUAUUAGACAAUUUAUGAACUAGGUAGAAAAAAAUGUACUUUUAUUCUUAUAAAUGUUAUACAUUUAUCUGUACGUUUCUACUUAAUUGUCAAAAGUAUACUAACUGACAUAAUGAUACUUCGUUAAGAAAAUUGUCCUUAAUAUGAAAAUGAAAAGAAUGAUUUUAAUCGUAGUUAGUAAAGAAGGACUACUUAUCCUAUACGUAAUACCUUCGUUCUUGUAAUAAGAACUAAGUUUUAUUUAUUCGCAAAAUUACUUUAUCGUUGAUGUUUUAAGUUUUAAAAUCAUGCUCAUUGCUCUGACAGAUAGAGAUGGACUUAAGCGGAAAGAUCGUGCCAUCUCUUUCAUUCCAUUGUAGAAUGGUGUCAAUACACCGAUGACUUCAUAGUACGAAUUUUUGUUUCCUAUAUUCUUUUCAUAUUAAACAGUAGAAAUCUUACAGCCCUAGCAAUGAUUGCAUUAUUUUUAUAUUCCAUUAUUGUUCCGAAAACUUGUUACGUCAUAUAUUAAUAAAGUAGAUUUUUUAAA